AGCCAGCUUCGCGAGUGUGAUAGCCCCACACCUAUCCUGUGCUUUUGCUGCUCAACCCCAUCCUCCUUGUGAAAUUGCUUAUUUUCUUCUCUUUUCAGAUUUUGUUGGUAUCUAUUUACUAAUUUCCAUAUUUUCGAAGAAAGCCCAAUAAAAAAGGGAAAAUCUAGCUCCGGGCUAACCCACAUUACCGAGUUUUAAGGCAGAGAGAAGCUAACCUCAACUUCUUUUCUAUUUAUAUUUUAUUCCCCAAAAAAAGAAGCUUAAACCAAACCCCAUUUCGACUCUAUACCUCAUCAGCAGCCAAAUGCUCCAUGGGAAUUUGCCCUCUGUUACUAUGCAGCUCUUUCAGGUGUAGGAAUUGAUUUCUUGACAUACUUUUCCAUUUAAGCGACUCUGGUGUUUAAACCUACUGCUAUUUCUUGGACGCAAUUUAAGAUUAAGAUGGCAGCCUGUCUGUCACCUUAUUGUACCUCUUCUGAUACUAGAAAACCAAUGGGGAUGUUAACUGUUCUUGGAGGGAGAGUGUCAGUGGAGAAUCACCCAAGCAGACUUGGCUGUCUCAGAAUGUCUGAUGAUAAGAAUAGGUAUCCGUGUGUCAAGAAGUCAAAUAUUUCCUAUUCUAAAUGUUCGGUGAGAUGUACUAAUGUUAGUCCAUAUUACAACGACGACUCCUUUCUGGAUCUGCACCCUCAAAUUUCAAUGCUCAGGGGUGAGGGGAACAACAUGGCUACCACCUCAAGGAAGGAUACUCCAAGUGGAAUUAUUACUGACAGCUUAGGAGAGGAUGCUACUCCAAGUAAUUGCAAUGAAGCUAAGAUCAAAGUUAUUGGCGUUGGAGGUGGUGGGUCAAAUGCAGUUAAUCGCAUGAUAGAGAGUGCAAUGAAGGGUGUGGAGUUUUGGAUUGUCAACACAGAUAUCCAAGCUAUGAAAAUGUCUCCAGUAUUUCCUGAGAAUCGUUUGCAAAUUGGUCAGGAGCUGACUAGAGGACUUGGAGCUGGAGGUAACCCUGAUAUUGGAAUGAAUGCUGCCAAAGAAAGCAAAGAAGCAAUAGAAGAGGCACUUUAUGGUUCUGAUAUGGUCUUCGUCACAGCUGGAAUGGGCGGGGGAACUGGCACAGGUGGAGCUCCUGUGAUUGCAGGUAUUGCAAAGUCAAUGGGUAUAUUGACAGUUGGUAUAGUCACCACCCCUUUUUCUUUUGAGGGAAGAAGAAGGGCUGUUCAGGCCCAGGAAGGAAUUGCAGCCUUGAGAGAGAAUGUUGACACAUUAAUUGUCAUACCAAAUGACAAGUUAUUGACUGCUGUCUCCCAAUCAACCCCAGUAACAGAAGCAUUUAACCUGGCUGAUGAUAUUUUGCGGCAGGGUGUUCGUGGUAUCUCUGAUAUUAUUACAAUUCCAGGAUUGGUAAACGUGGAUUUUGCUGAUGUGAGAGCUAUAAUGGCGAGUGCAGGAUCUUCAUUAAUGGGGAUAGGAACUGCAACUGGGAAAGCGAGGGCAAGGGAUGCUGCAUUGAAUGCAAUUCAAUCACCUUUACUGGAUAUUGGUAUAGAGAGGGCAACUGGAAUUGUGUGGAACAUAACUGGUGGAAGUGAUUUGACUUUAUUUGAGGUGAAUGCUGCAGCAGAAGUUAUCUAUGACCUUGUAGAUCCAACUGCAAAUUUAAUAUUUGGAGCAGUGAUAGAUCCAUCACUAAGCGGUCAAGUCAGCAUCACUCUAAUUGCAACUGGAUUCAAACGGCAAGAAGAAAAUGAAGGCAGGCCUCUCCAGGCAAGCCAACUAUCUCAAGGAGAUGUAGCCUUUGGAAUCAAUCGGCGGCCCUCCUCUUUUACUGAAGGUGGUUCAGUGGAGAUCCCUGAGUUUCUCAAGAAGAAAGGCCGCUCGCGCUAUCCAAGAGCUUAAAUUUUAUCUCCGCAAUUCGUUCCAUCCAAUAUACAUCUUCUACUCUGCUUUGCUAAGCUUUUGUCCAUUCUAUGGAUCUAAAAUCACAAUCUUUCCGUAGGUAAUAGUUCCACACAGCACCACCCAGUGUUUCUAGCUUUGAGAUAUUAAGAGUGUAUGAUUGUUAGAAUAUAGUAUUCAGUAAUAAGUUGUCAAUGUUUACUCCCAAAUUGCUAAACAGAAGAAAAUACAUGUGUGUUAUUUUCCUUCCCAAA